GAAGGAGGCAGGCCGGUGAUUUUCCACUCAUUGCUUAUAUGCCCUGUUGAGGGGUCCUAAAGAAAGGCUCGCAUAUAAAACCCACCGACGCAUCCAUCCGUCAGUCGCUCACCGACACCGGAGGACACGGACAAGAAAAAAGGACAAGGGACGCGCAAAGGACAUAAAAGGACAAAAAUAUACAAACCUGUAUCAACAGUCAGUCUGCAAGCAGUAUGGCUCAAAAAGAGAAACUCCAAUGCCUAAAGGACUUCCAUAAGGACACUCUGAAGCCAUCUCCUGGUAAGAGCCCCGGCACCCGGCCCGAAGAUGAAGCCGAGGGUAAACACCCCCAGCGGGAGAAGUGGGCCAGCAAGUUGGACUUUGUUCUGUCUGUGGCCGGCGGCUUUGUGGGUUUAGGGAAUGUCUGGCGUUUCCCAUACCUCUGCUAUAAAAACGGUGGAGGUGCGUUCCUCAUCCCCUACUUCAUCUUCCUGUUUGGCGGUGGGCUGCCGGUCUUCUUCCUGGAGGUCGCCCUGGGUCAGUUUACCUCCGAGGGCGGCAUCACCUGCUGGGAGAAGCUCUGCCCCAUCUUUACUGGUAUUGGUUAUGCCUCCAUAGUGAUCGUGUCCCUGCUGAACAUCUACUACAUUGUCAUCCUGGCCUGGGGCCUUUACUACCUGUUCCAGUGUUUCCAGCCGGAGCUUCCCUGGGCUAAAUGUAAACAGCCAUGGAACACCGAGCGCUGCGUUGAGGACACUUACCGCAAGAACAAAACCCUGUGGCUGGCCACCAACGCCACCAACUUCACCUCCCCUGUCACUGAGUUCUGGGAACGUAAUGUGCUGGGAAUCACCAGUGGUAUUGAGGAGAUAGGUCCCAUUAAGUGGGACCUGGCUCUGUGUCUGCUCGCCGUCUGGAUCAUCUGUUUCUUCUGCAUCUGGAAGGGAGUCAAGUCCACCGGCAAGGUGGUCUACAUCACAGCUACGUUCCCUUUCGUCAUGCUCAUUGUGCUGUUGGUUCGUGGUGUGACAUUGCCAGGCGCCACUGAGGGCAUCAAGUUCUACCUGUACCCCGAUGUGGCUCGCCUCAAGGAUCCUGAGGUGUGGAUUGAUGCCGGCACCCAGAUCUUCUUCUCCUAUGCCAUUUGCCUGGGCGCCAUGACGUCUUUGGGGAGCUACAACAAGUACAAAUACAACUGCUAUAGGGACUGUAUGCUGCUGGGAGCCCUCAACAGUGGUACCAGUUUUGUGUCUGGCUUCGCAAUAUUUUCCGUCCUGGGCUUCAUGGCACAAGAGCAAGGGGUGGACAUUGCUGAUGUGGCAGAGUCAGGUCCAGGCCUGGCGUUCAUUGCCUACCCCAAGGCUGUAUCCAUGAUGCCUCUUCCUACCUUCUGGGCAAUCCUCUUCUUUAUUAUGCUGCUGCUGCUUGGCCUCGACAGUCAGUUUGUGGAGGUGGAAGGGCAGAUCACAUCGUUGGUGGAUCUGUAUCCGUCCUUCCUAAGGAAGGGUUACCGCAGGGAGGUCUUCAUCGCUGUCAUCUGCUGCAUCAGCUACCUGCUGGGCCUCACCAUGGUUACCAAGGGUGGCAUGUAUGUUUUCCAGCUGUUUGAUUACUAUGCAGCCAGUGGUGUGUGCCUCCUGUGGGUGGCAUUCUUUGAAUGUAUAGCUGUAGCCUGGGUUUAUGGCGCUGAUAAUUUCUAUGAUGCGAUUGAGGACAUGAUUGGCUACAGACCAAAUCCUUGGAUGAAAUGGAGCUGGACUAUUGUCACUCCGUUUCUGUGCAUGGGCUGCUUUGUUUUCUCAUUGGUAAAAUACAAGCCGUUGACGUACAACAAGGUCUACGAGUAUCCUGAUUGGUCCAUCGGAGUGGGCUGGACCCUGGCCCUAGCCUCCAUGAUCUGCAUCCCCAUGGUGGUUGUCAUCAAGAUCAUCCAGUCUGAUGGACCACUCAUUGAGAGGAUUAAGGCAGUGGCGGCCCCGGUUCGCGGCGGGGCCAGUUCCCGGCCAGCAGACCACCGCAGCCCCAAGGAGCUUUCCUACCCUCUGGACCCCAAUGGGAACAAGGGCCUGCUGAUGAAGGGUCCCACCCACACCAUAGUAGAAACCAUGAUGUAAAGGAAGGAGGUGGAUGCUCUCCAUGAGAUCGCUUUCCUCUCUUUUCCUCACAAAACACUUCUACAAGCUAGCUAGCUUUCUGUCUAUCUAUAUGUUAUACUGUCUGUCUGGUGGGCCGAUAAGGAAAACCUUUCCCAUUUCAAAUCUUUGCAAGGAAGUUUGGAAGGAAAUCUGUUGAUGCUAGUUUUCUGUUGAGAUUAACUAUUUUAAAUCUGUUUCUGAAUUACUUGCAAGCUGUUCUGCAAUUUGUAAUAUUCUUCAGACUACAUACUUAAAUGUCUUGAUUCAAGACGGAGUGUGAAAUUAUCACCAGCUACUGGACAAAUGCUGGUAGAUUUUAUUAAAAGUAAGUGUAUGUGCUCCAUCAGCCACUUUGUCAUCCAGAUUCAGCAGCAGUGGUUGUUGAAUCUUGGAAUUAAUCAACUUGUUGUCAGCUUGUUGGAUCACUACAAUAACCUUACUUUUGUGGCUAAUGUUGAAAUGCACACAGAAGACGGCCAUGUGGUGAUUGAAUAGGAUACAGUGAAUAGAGUCACCUGAGGUGGGUCAGUGCCAUAGAGGAUGGUUUUGGCACAACUUGAAUAACUUAGAUGAUCCUAAAAAAAUACCACAGUUCAAGUGGGAGGGAGGCACGGCCUGCAGAAAAUCUGAAAAGCAUGCUGCAUGCUAUUAAAGCUGUUCAUCUUAAAUUAUAAAUAUGGCCGUGACAGAGGAGAACACCCAAUCCACUACAGUUGAAAUCCUGUACAUUUAUCCUGUUUGCACAAACUGAAUUCUGGUGUCAGCUUCAUUGCUUCAGGAAGCAAUGAAUCAGAACUUCAUAGUGAAAUAGAAACAGUGAGCAGUGCUAUGUCCAAUGUAAGAUCUUGUCCUCUCCCGUCUCUUCGGUAGAAAGCAUCAUAAACCAGACUCUUUGGUUUGCUGAUGGUACCGCUUCUCAUCUAUCAUACCCCCUCAGUAUCCACUACCUACAAUUUUCAUCAAACUGGCAUACUGCACCUUAGCACAAACAAAACAAAACAAAAAUACCUGUUGGUCUUCUGUUGACUAAGUAUGGGACAAAGACAGUUGUAGGGGAAGGCUUUCCCUGCACAGUGUGAGAGGUAUCUGAAAGGAUUUGAAGUGUGGAGGUUGAACCCUUGAGGUCUGUUGUCUGUGGCGUACUGUACAGUAGUAGCUAAUCAGUCUAUCUAUCUAUCUAUCUUUCUCUGUCCUAGACCAGUUUAUAUUAGUGACAGCACUAGGCGCUCUUGGCUUAUGGUUUUGGAUUUGAUUAAUUUCCUACAGAGUAAGUUACAUUGUUAUUGUUUUCUUUUUUCUCUGUCAAUGUUUAUAAUGUUUUUUUAUUAAGACUAUAUUGUUAUUGGUAUUCACUAUUGAUGAUAAUUGCUGUAGUUUUAAAUAGAAGAUUUUUUUCAUUUGGUAAAAAUAAUAGGCUGUUAUACAUACACAAAAUCUUACAAUUACAGCGGCAGCCAUUGUAGUACUUCGCCAUCAUGUGUUUAUACAGCACUAGACAGUUCUUUCUGGAACAUCGUACAGGAGAGCCAAAGUAAUAUGUUAUAAAAAGAAAGAAAAGAAUGAAUCCAUCAACAAACCCUUAACAGCUAAAAAAGAGCAAAACCUGAUUUUUCCAAAUAUUUUGUCAUGGGACUUCUACAAUGGCUUCAUCUGUAAGUUUGUAGGCAUCUGGGCUUUUGACUUGUCUACAGCGCUUUUGUAGAUAUCGCAGGGACUGUAUUGUAAUUCAUGUGAACUGCAGCCAACUGUAGCCAAGUGUUAAAUGACAUGUCUUCAACCAAGGUUCAGCAUGGUUGGAUGACAUUUCAUCGACCAAGCAGCCACAUGUCAGACGGACAUAUCAUGCAGUACACUGGCCUAGAUGUCACCAACAUUGUUUGGACAUGCGUUACUUUGUCCUCAUCAGAAGUAAUUGGUUAAGAGUAUCAUUCCAAAAAUGUAUGUCCACCUUUUAAAACAAAUGACUGAUAGCACAAAAUCCAAACAAAUUAUGUUAGAUUUAAAACCAGGUUUCAGGAUUCAUUACAUGACAUGUAGGCCUCUUUUAAGAAUCUCUCACACUGCUUCUUUAAUUUGAAUUUAAGCCUUAGACCAAAAUAAAUAAAAAUAAAUUAAUUAAUAAACAAAACUGACAAAACCAGCCUAUUUCGGAUUGAUAGCUAAUAAAAGUUGUGAAACUGGAGACCUGUUAUACCUGUAUUUAAGACGUUUUAAUAAAUUUCAAAGCCUUUCAUUUAGCUUUUUUCAGAUUUUUUUUAAGAGUUUUAAGAACCUGAAAUCAAGUAACUUAAGUCCUUGGCUGACUUGGCUAACUGAUAACUCAUGGCAACCUGGAUUUCCUGUAUAUUAGACUUACUAACACAGAUUACAGAUUCUGGUGAUGUUCUGGUUUGAUCACCCAAAUCAGUAGUUUUUGUUGGACUAAAUCUCCCCGAGUGUUUGCUGCAAAUUUUACAAGAAUGCCAACCAUUGCUUCAUCACAGUGACAUGCAAAUAUGGCUGCUAUUGAAAAGACCGCACCCAAACUCUUUAAUCAAUGGCUUGAUAAAUAUGAUUUGAAAUAUGCCCUACAAUAUAUCAACACUCUCGAUAUGUUAAACUGUGGCCACUUUACAUUCUUCAUGAUUGCAGAGGGCCAUAAUGACAGCAAUGUGAACCAGUAUCCAAAACUAUCAGGCUUUUUUCAUAGGCAUAAUGAUAAUGAUUAGAACACCUCUACAAUCAUUUUAAUGUGUCUGUGUAACUAGGGUUCAGAUCUUUGCCACAGAGUGAACACACAAUUUAUCUGCCAAAAAAAGAAAGAAAUUAACACAAACAAACAAACAAAUAAACAAACAAACAACAACAAAAAACAACACUGCCAGCUUUUGGUUGUGGGUCUUUGGCCCACACCUUUUUAAAACUAGAAGGCAGUUAACAACACUAAAUGUAUUAGCUGUAAGUGCAUUUGUUUUGCCCAACAUAUUCAAAUAGAUAAAUAGAUCCUCAAACCAUAUACAGCACGUCUCCAAAAUAUAUACUAAUAUAAUGCAGGAUUUCAUUCAAUCAUACUUAACAUACAGUUUGAGUUUUCAUAAAGUCACGAUAUAGGACAUGGCAAAUUAAUGUUUACACCACAUCAGACCAGGACCUCAUUUUUUUGCAAUUAUGAUAUUAUCCCGUUGCAUUGCUUUCAGUAGAAUAAAGAUGAUCAUAUCAUCGAACUGGAUUUGGGAAGCCAAAUCUAGACCAGACAUAUAUGUUCAAACAGCAACAAACUCGUCAUACUGUGGGUAACCAGUCUUCAUACAGCUAACCUCCAAUUGCAGACUCUGCCUAUUUUACAUAUAUACAUAUAUACAGUCUGAUUUGUUCUUUAACUUUUGUACAGUUCUGGCCCUCGAUUCCCCCCAAAGCACCUUUGCACCAAUCUUAACCUUAGCGUGGAAAACAGGAUUAAUGCUGAUAGGACAGAUUAGACUUUUAACUCUUUCUAGGCAAAAGUUUGGUGACGUGCAGGAGUUGGUCACGCAGGAGUUGGUCACGCAUUGCCAAAUUUGAAACUGAAAAAUUAGAAAUUUCGGUGUUUAUUUCAAAUGUUGACACAUGUACAUAUGUCUCAUUUAUCUCCAAUUCAGCUUUGGCGGUUCACCCAGGUUUUCAACGUGUUCAGUGUCUGAGGGUUGCUGGUUUGUGUUUGCGAGAAGCCACAUUAUUUAGGUGCUUAAUCCAGGGGGAAUAGCUGUCAAUAGCCAUAUAAAAUUAACUCUCUUGUCACAUAAUGUUAAACUCAAGUUUGUAACCAUGUAAAUACAACUGAGCUCAUAAUCUAAUAACAAUAUUCCAUUGUGCUAAGAUGCUAUUUUUUUGGUGGGGAAUCGUUGAUCAGAGACAGUAACCGAUUCAGUCGUGUGUUGAUUUAUUCUGCCUAUCUAUGUAUAUCUGUGUAUCAAUGAUCCACUCCCUCUGCCUUCUCACACUCCCCAUCAAGUCAGCCUACUUAAAGCUUCCUGUUCAAAUCUGUUAGCCUAUUUUUUGUUUUUAAAGAAAACACGUUUUUUUUUUCAGAGACAAAUUUUCAAGAAGUCUAAGCAUUAACGAUCCACAGCUAAAGUUUUUACCGAGGAAUGUCAAAAUGUGAAAUUGCCCUAGGGUAAAUGCAAAGGUUUCUGAAGAUUUAUUUUUUUUUAAUUUUUUUAUUUUUUUGGGUGGGGGGGUGGGGGGUGGGGUAUUAGUCUCUUUUUGUUUUAGCGUUCUUGAAGUUUUAUUAAAUUCAACAGUUUCUCAUUUUAUUUUAUUUUUGAUUGUUUGUCAAUCACAUUUGCCUUUUGUAUUCCAAAUAUAGUGUAUUUGAACCUCUUUCAUUGGAGUAUCAUGUACAACUGUCAAUCAAAAAAAAAAAAAGAAUGAAAAAAAAAGCUGCAAUUU